CAUUAGUUUAAGAUAUUCAACAUACACUAUACUAAUGACAAUACCCCGCGUUCUAAAUAUCCCAUGCAGAUGUUAUGUGAUAUCGAGAUCAACUUAUAACCCUAUACAUUCAUACAUGUAAUAGUUUUACCUAUUUUCGUCAAAUUUCAUGCAGUGUACCUCGCUUUGGGUACCAUAUACACCGCACUACGCCAGCUGGGGCAACAAAGUUAGUCAACCAGAACAACACUUGCAGGGAUUGCCGUUUGUACAAGGUUACCCAGAAACGAUUGACAUAAGAUACAGAAUGGCUUCCAAGAAUACACAAGCUGGAUGGUCCGAAGAGCGAAAGUCCGGUGUAAACUUCCGGUUUAGAAUUAGCCUUGCGGUGUCCACUAUUUAUUUCGUGGUUGGAUAUCAUUUCUUUCCCUUUCAACUUCCGGUAAUGGAUUCGGUCGUAGAGAGAGUCAUAUUUACGUUGCGGUGGCAGCUGUUGGGAGGUUUGACCUUGCUGAUGGGAAUCAGGGGGGUCAAUGAAAUUCGGAAACAAAGUGAGGCUACAGCAGACCCCGUGAAAGGAAACGCGGAACAUCUUACAAGAACUUCACGGAAUAUACUACAAAAUACACUGGAACAGUUCAACUUCCAUUUUGUCGGACAAAUUGUGUUGUGUACCUAUCUCUCUUCGGAAUCGAUGAAAGCCAUUCCUUUGCUCGUCGUCCUUUUCGUCGUUGCAAGAAUCGUCUACAAAAUCGGCUACCAAAUCGAGGCGAUGGAAAGAGCAUAUGGUUUCAUCGCUACGUUUAUCCCGACUGUGGCGACAUACGCCUACUGUCUGUAUUGUAUGGUGGUAUAUGGACCUGGAUAUGGCUUUGGAAAGUGAUCUUAUGGCAGAACCGUAUGGAACAAUGUAUAUAUUACUUAUCAUAUCUCUUGCUUCUUGAGAAUAAUGCGAUGACUAUGAACGAUUUUCGGAGUACCGGCGUUAAAAACUCGAAUCGAAUCCAUAAAUACUUCUUGUUACUUUUGUUUCAUUACAACGUGAAUGACCUGACGUACAUUUGUAAUUGUAUUGAACAUCACCCACGAUGUAUUUUCCACAACGAUCUCAUAUGACAGAAUUCAGACACAAAUUAUGAUGACGUCGACCAAUACCCCCCAUAUUAACUUGACUUAAUUUCUGUAAAACAGACAUAGAUGAGCAAUAUUGAAGAGCACACAGCUUUAACCUUAGCAUAAAUGUGUCAUAAUAUUUGCUUCUUAGUGCACAAUUCGAUGUGAUGUAUUUGUAUUGGCCAAAAACAUUAGACACCGCCAGUCACGUUUAGCUUGAGCACCUGACCUACCCUUUCCAGAGUUCGACCGUUUGGGAACAUUACUUUCCAAUAAUGAUAACUACAGAAUGCAUUUUCCGCGUUGACAGUCACGUUGGUAGAUACGUUUUUUUUAUAUUGUAUGAUUAAUUAUAUAGAAUAUGAUAUGAACUGUAUGUAUGAUAAGUUGACUGAUGCUGGAGUAGACAAAAUUUAAAUAUCAACUACUGAUUUGAUAUACCAUAGUUCACUUUGUACGACUUGUUUAUUAUAGAUCACAAUAACACGUAUCAAUCAU